AUGACUGGACAUCACACACAUUCAAAGAAUUUUAUGCAAAAUAUCCGUUCUAUCAAUAGUGCAUUGGCGUUUGCAUCAAUGGGAGCAAACAUUGCACCACCUCCAGGAUAUGGACCAUACUGCUUUAGAAUAAAUGGGCAAAUUUAUCACCGAUCUGGUGCCUUGCAUCCAGAAAAUGAUGAUCAACGCAAAUUUGCACAACUCUACAUUUUGAGUCCUGAGGAAGCUGCGGACCAACGAGCUGCACUAAAAGAAAAUUCAGGAUGUCACAUUGGGCUUUUGAGGGAGUUAAGUUCAUAUAUGUCUCAUUAUAACCCUUUCGCAAAAGCAUGUAAAAUGCUCUAUGAGGUAGAGCAAGAAUGCAUCCAUGAAGCAUCUUUAAAUGGAGUUCAAACUUCUAAAGUUUCUAUGGUAAUUCUGCAGGACAGAACAUCAGAUUGCCGAAGAUAUAACGCACAAAGAGUUAAUGAGGUGGCUGUUAUUUUCCAAAAUUCUGAUGGUGAACCUCCUCUUGAACGUGACCUUCUUAUUCAUUGCCGCUCUACAGAUCAAAGAAAAAAACCAGAAAGAAUAAGUGUCUUAGAUCCUAAUCUUGAACCAUUGCUGUAUCCUUUGUUGUUCCCAUAUGGGGACCAAAGUUGGGGUUCCAACAUUGCUCUUAACUACAGGCCAACAUCAAUUAGUGAUGUACAAAGAAGAGUAACCACCAAUCCAAGGAUAAGAGUUAGUCAAAUGAAAUACUACUCUUACAGAAUUUCAAUUCGGGAUCAAUUUAAUCCUUUCCUUAGUGCUGGCAAGUUGACUCAGCAGUACUUUGUUGACGCUUAUGUCAAGACUGAGGCCAACAGACUCAACUAUAUCCAUCAAAAUCAAUCUAACCUUUGCAUUGAAAAAUAUACAGGAUUAAUGGAUUACAUUCAAAGUGAAGCUGCUGCACAGGGCCUGAUGCCUGGAAAAGCAGUUAUUUUGCCAUCAUCUUUUCAGGGAAGUCCACGAAAUAUGGCCCAAAACUACCAUGAUGCUCUGGCCAUUGUUAGAAAAUAUGGAAAACAGGAUUACUUAAUCACCAUGACCUGCAACCCUAAAUGGCCUGAGAUAGUUGAUAACCUAUUAGAAGGUCAAGCAGUGGAGUUCAGAUCAGAUUUGGUAGCAAGAAUUUUCAAUCUCAAACUAAAUUCUCUUUUGCAUGAUAUCUUGAACAAACAUGUUCUUGGAAGUCCUUGCGCAAAAGUGCAUGUUAUAGAGUUUCAAAAAAGAGGACUACCACAUGCUCAUAUCCUCUUAAUAUUGAAAGCCGAAGACAAGCCAAAUGAUGCUAAAACCAUUGACACUUUUAUAUCAGCUGAAAUUCCAGAGGAACAUAUUUAUCCCAGACUACAUGCUAUUGUAAUAAAGCAUAUGAUACACGGUCCAUGUGGAGAACAUAAUUUAAAUUCUCCGUGCAUGGUUGAUGGUAACUGCAGCAAAAAUUUUCCAAAACAAUUUCAAGAACAAACUUUACUUAAUGUUGAUGGCUAUCCUCGAUAUCGGAGACGAAAAAAUGAGACCACAAUAAUUGUCAAAGGGAAAAAAAUUGACAAUUCUUGGGUAGUUCCAUAUAGCCCAUACUUCUGCUUGAAAUACAACUGCCAUAUAAAUGUAGAGAGUUGUGUUUCUGUUAAAAGUGUUAAAUAUCUCUUCAAAUAUGUAUAUAAAGUUUAUGAUUGUGCAAAUAUUUCCAUUAAGGAACAUACUACAUUACAGCAUGAUGAAAUACAAAAAUUUUUGGACUCAAGAUAUGUCAGUGCUCCUGAAGCUGUUUGGAGGUUGUAUGGUUUUUUGAUGCACCAUCAAACACAUACAAUAAUAAGACUUCAAGUUCAUCUUCCAGGCGAACAAGAUGUAUAUUUCCAUAAUGAUAACAUACAAUUAGCUGCAGAGAAGGCCCAAGACAGGGAUACCACUUUGACAGCAUACUUCAAGUUGAAUGAUGAUACUCAUGCUGCACGGGAAUUUUAUUACUCUGACAUUCCUCAACAUUAUGUAUUUGAUGUAAAAACCCGUAAGUGGAAUCCAAGACAAAGAGGAGCAGAUACAACAAUUGGCCGAUUGUAUUAUGUAAAUAUUUCAUCAGAUUUGGAGAGAUUUUGUUUGAGGUUACUGCUCUUGCACUUAAAAGGAGCAAAAUCCUUUAAGGACUUACGCACUGUUAAUGGACAUUCAAAGAAGCUGCCCAAAAGCUUUCACUUUUACAUGACGACGCUACAUGGGAUCUUACACUUAACGAAUCAGCAUCUCAACAAAUAUUUUGGACUACCCAAUCCAUCAAACUUCAUUCCAAACAUGCAAUUCAACUAUGUUACACAGUUGGAAGCCCAAGUUGGAGCACAACUUCAAGAAGCACUAAACAUCGAGCAAAAAGCUGCAUUUGACAAUGUAAUGUCUGCUAUUGCUAAUGAAAAUUUACCACACAGAUGUUUUUUUAUUGAUGGACCUGGUGGAAGUGGCAAGACUUAUUUAUAUAAAACACUAUUGAGUACUUUACGUGGACGCACAGAUGGAGUUCUUCCUGUUGCCUCUACCGGAAUAGCAGCUAAUCUCCUUGAUGGUGGCAGAACUUACCAUUCACAGUUUAAGCUUCCAAUUCCAUUACUGGACACAUCAACAUCAAAUAUAAGUAUGACUACAAAAGAUGCUGAGCUCAUACAUAAUGCUCAAUUGCUUAUUUGGGAUGAGGCCUCAAUGACACCCGGUAUAGCUCUAAAAUGUGUAAAUAAGCUCCUUCAGGAAAUUAUGCAGAACAACAAGCCCUUUGGUGGUGACUUCCGACAAACACUCCCAGUUCUUCCUCAUGGCAAUAAAUCUGCUAUUGUGGAAGCUACUAUAAAGUUUUAUGAUCACUGGGAUAAAUUCAAAAUUUUUAAAUUGCACAAUAAUGUGCGCUCGGUGGAUCCAGAAUUUAGCAAUUGGCUACUACAAUUAGGACAGGGUUCAUUAAAUAGUUCAGAGGGCCUUCCUGAGGAUUUUGUUGAGAUCCCUUCCAAAUUAAUAUGCCACGAUUGUAUCAUAUCUGAAAUUUUUGGAAAAAGACUUCUUCCAUCUGAUCUUCACAGUUUUUCAAAAAAGGCCAUUUUGUGUACAAAAAAUUGUCAUGUUUAUCAAAUCAAUGAGCAUGUAUUAAAUAUACUCGAUGGUGAUGAAAAAAUAUAUCUAAGUUCAGAUUCAAUUGACGAUAAGACAGAUGAAGAUGCUCAAAACUAUCCCAUAGAGUUUCUAAACAAAUUAGCUCCAUCAGGAAUGCCUCUUCAUAAGUUAAAAAUUAAAUUGGGAAGUAUUAUUAUGUUGCUCAGAAAUCUGAACACAAAAAGAGGUCUGUGCAAUGGAACAAGAUUGAUAGUUAAAGAUCUUAAGCCCAAUCUAAUAAUUGCAGAGGUCCUCACAGGAACAGCUCAAAACCAGAUGGUGUUUACCCCAAAAAUAGAUUUAGCCCCUGCCAACACUGAACUACCAUUCAUUUUACGAAGGAGACAGUUUCCAAUCAAACUUGCCUUUGCAAUGACCAUCAACAAAUCACAAGGUCAAACGUUAGACAAAGUUGGAAUAUUCCUUCCAGAGCCAGUAUUCAGUCAUGGACAACUUUAUGUUGCAAUGUCUCGAGUUCGUACAUCAUCUGAUGUCAAAAUUAAGAUACUUCAAGGUUCCAAGUAA